CAAAGUUGAAAGUUACCCUUCAUUAAUCUCAAGGUGUUCUAGAGGUCAUAUCCAAAUUUUAAUGUUUAAGAUGCUGUGAUUAUGCUCUCAAUAGUAAAUUAUGGAGCUUCUGAUAGUGAGUCAGAAUCAGAUGACGACGCCAGGUCAACUGUUAUUUCGAAAGAAACGAACAAAGCAGAGAUCGUUGAAGGCUCGAAAGCAGCCGAAAGUUCUAGUAACAAAGUUGAAUGUGAUCGCAAUGGACUCGCUAUUGUAGAGGAAAGUAGCAUUUUGAAGGAUGAAGAACCAACAUCAAUACUCUCCUCCCUAAAUUUUUCUGCAUCAGUUAGUGACUUGUUGUCUGGUCUUCCACCGCCUAAACGCAAAAGAGUGAAGAUGACUGAAUCUGUCUUCAACGAAUUUCUUCUGCCCAAAAAACUAACAUCUCUUACCGGGAGUUCCAAAAAAGCGAAGUCUGGAUCCGAAAACGAAAAGGAAUCAGAUGAUUCUGACGUAGACGAAGACGCUCAAAGCAGUGAUCUCAAGUCAGCUAAAGUGUCGAAUUUGAAGACACCCGUGAUUGCAAGCGACGCACCAGAAGCAGCGCAAUUCAGCAACCCACUCUUAUGUUCACUACCCAAAGCCAAAACAUCGAUAGAUCUAAAGAAGAGUCAAAUUAUGGUGCCAGAUUCCGUAAAGAACAGAAAAAGACUAGCAGGUACCAAUCAAUCUACAGAAAAAUCUUCAAAUACAAAGAUAACAACUUCAGAAUCUGUAAAUGAAGAAUGCGAUUCUCAGGAACAGAAAACUUCAGAAUCAGCAGAACCGGUGUCUUACUUUAAUUUAUCUGAAAGUGAGCCUCACUCUAGUAGAUCGCUAACAAAUGGCUUCUUUUCUGACCCAUCUGCGAGUGAAAAUAAAAAUAGUUGGACUGAAAGUUAUUACGACGAUGAAGUGUCUCCAGAAGAAACGUCAGCGUCUUACGAUCAAGUUUCUAAUAGUAGUACCUUGUCAAUGUCAAAUGCUACUGUUAGCAGCAAUUUGGAUUCGGAAGUACUGCAGAGACUUCAAGGCAGACGCAAGAAAGAAAAUAUUGAGAUUGUGGAUGUCAAUGCUAAAGAUCAGCUUGAAGAUGUAAGCAUACAAAUUACGAAAGGACUCUCGGAAGAACAGGAGCAGACGACUGGAUUUGGACCCGGGCAACAGGGCGACAAAGGAGAUCCAACCCAGAGAAGAGCGAAGAGCAAGCACCAGCUUAAUUGGCUCGUCACUCAGGCCAAGGCGAGAGAAGUGCAGUUGAAAAACCAGUGGGCAGAUAACCGAAUGAACAGAAAGGCGACUCAGAUGAAAUACGGAUUUUAAUUUGAAACAUUUUGGUUUGGAGGCGUAAAAUUGUAGAUUUAGACACGGAAUUUACCUUUAUCUUUGA